AUGCUGGAGGGAGCAAAGUUCAACGUGAUGGCUGUUGGGAAUCACAACAACGACAACAACAACAACUACUAUGCUUUCACGCAAGAGUUCUACCAAAAGCUCAACGAAGGCUCAAACAUGUCGAUGGAGAGCAUGCAGACGAGUAACGCCGGAGGAUCCGUGUCAAUGUCUGUGGACAACAGCAGCGUCGGUUCCAGCGACGCUCUUAUCGGCCAUCCUGGCUUGAAGCCGUUGCGCCACGGCGGCUACUCUCUCUCCGUCGGGCAAAGCGUGUUUCGUCCCGGGAAAGUCACUCACGCGUUGAACGACGACGCCUUGGCUCAAGCGCUGAUGGACAGCAGGUAUCCAACCGAAGGGCUUGCGAACUAUGAAGAGUGGACGAUUGAUCUGAGGGAUCUCUACAUGGGACCUGCUUUUGCUCAAGGAGCUUUUGGUAAACUGUACAAAGGGAUUUACAACGGGGAGGACGUAGCGAUCAAGAUACUUGAGAGGCCAGAGAACAGCGUGGAGAAGGCGCAGUUCAUGGAGCAGCAGUUUCAGCAAGAGGUGACUAUGCUUGCGAACCUGAAGCAUCCUAACAUCGUGAGGUUCAUUGGCGCUUGUCGCAAGCCGAUGGUUUGGUGUAUUGUGACUGAGUACGCUAAAGGAGGCUCAGUGAGGCAGUUUCUGACAAAGAGACAGAACAGAGCCGUGCCUUUGAAGCUUGCUGUGAAACAGGCGCUGGAUGUCGCUAGGGGUAUGGCUUAUGUCCAUGGACGCAACUUCAUUCACAGGGAUCUCAAGUCGGAUAACCUUCUCAUCUCGGCUGAUAAGUCGAUCAAGAUUGCUGAUUUCGGUGUAGCGAGAAUCGAAGUUCAAACCGAAGGGAUGACUCCAGAGACCGGAACUUACAGAUGGAUGGCUCCGUAA